ACAGCAGCAUCCUGAACAAAACAUGACAUCUCCAAACAUGAUCAGAUGGUUGUACGCCAUGAUUGUGGCCCUGCUUGUAGGAAAUGAAGUGCAAGCCAGGACACCGUGGAGCGGCUCUCAUUGCUGGACUCCUUGGUUUGAUCGAGACAACCCCUCUGGUACUGGAGACUAUGAGACUCUUAAGAACCUGUACAAGGAAAAUCCAAAUAAAAUCUGCAAAGCACCCAUUGAUAUUGAAGUCCAAACUACAUCUGGGUUAAGCAUGGAUUCAACAGGCGAUGUGGUUGCUGUAGCUGACACUACCAGUGGGUUCAUCUGUAGAAAUUCAGACCAGAACACGGGAAUGUGCUCUGAUUAUCGUGUACGUUUUAGAUGUCCAUAUGAUUACUGCCAGCGCAAAGGUUAGCUCAUCUGAUGGUUUUGAUCGUCGCCACAAAAGAUUUGCAUGACAACAAAGUACGCUUUAGAUGCCCAUGUGAAUGAAAUGUCAGCAAGCCAAGGUUUUGAAUGAACAUUUUAUAGCUCUUGAUUCACUAUAAAAGUAUAUCUUAGGUACUGUA